AUGCAAGCCGACGACGACUUUGGCUCGGUCGCAUGGGACAGGGGCACCACCGCCACAACGUCCGCGUCGACACAGGACGCCCUCACAAGCUCUCACCAGCACGAUGGCCAAAGCACUGAGCCCAGCUCGUCGUCGUACCAUGGUCCCGACUCGGUGAUCGCGCAAUCGACCCAGCGCGAGCAGCACGUCGCUGCCACCACCUCAUCCCAUGUCGUGCACUCGUGCUGCGUAUCCGAGGGCAAGGUCGAACUCAAGGAUACGAAAGAGGCAUUCGUGUCCUACCUUGUUUCGGCCAAGGUAUGUCGUCCGCAUUGAGGCUCCUUCGUACAUGGAGUGACCGGCCGACUGAACUUGAUGUCCCGCCCCCCACACGCACCGGCUUGCACCGCCUGUACCCUCGCUCUCGCUAGACUGAAUUGCCGUCCUUCACGUCCAAGAGCCCUUCAGCAAGGAGAAGGUACACGGACUUUGUCUUCAUGCGCGAUCUCUUGACCAAAGACUACCCCGCCGCCAUCGUACCGCCCUUGCCCGAGAAGCACCGCAUGGGUCAGUCCCGAAUGCCGCUGGAUCAAGACGAAUGACAUCCACUGACAGGACCUCGUCUCGUCUUCCGAAAUUGAUAUGCAUAUGCUCAGAGUACGUUGUCGGUGAUCGGUUCAGCCCAGAAUUCAUCGAGCGGAGACGAGUAGAGUGAGUGCGGCUCCGACAAUUCGGCCAACUUUGACAUUUGCUGAUCCGGACACCAACCCCCAACCCCCCGUGGCGAACCAGCUUGCAACGAUUCGUCGAACGCCUCUCUCGGCAUCCCAAACUCUCUCAAACGGAUACGUUUAGGGCCUUUUUGGAAUCGACCGAAUGGGUCAGUCAAGCUAGGGUUCCAACUUCUCGGCGUAGUAGCGGGCACAUGAACCUAACUGUAAUCUACGAACUUACUUCAGAACGUCUUCAAGCACAAACAACUGGCGAGGCACUCGACGGAUGCCGAACCGAUCGGUGGGUUACUCGAUACCGUUUCUGACACAUUGCUCAACGCCUUCGUCAAAGUUAAGAAACCCGACGAGCGCUUCAUCGAGAUGCGUCACCAGAUCGAGCAGUUCGAGGAAGGGCUCGUCUCAAUCGAGCGACUAGGUGCACGCAAUCGGACUCGACUGAAUGACCUCACCGGCGAUUACGAGGACUUGGCGAUGGGCGUACAGGGCUUGGGCUACCUCGAGAGUGGGAUGACCGAUGUCCUGAUGCGCUUCGAGAGGGCCCUCGUCGAUUUCGGCACCUCGGUCCGAGAGUAUGGCGAGAAAUCCUCGGAGCCGUUUUUGGAACACGUGCAUUCCCUUCUGGCGUAUUCCAGCUCGUUCAAGGGUGUACUCAAGCUAAGAGACCAGAAGCAGUUGGACUUCGAGGAGUUGAGCCAGUAUCUGUCCAAUGUGGUCAGCGAGCGGGAUCGUUUGGCCGGCGGGUUCGGGUACGGCAUGGGUAUUGGGAGCUACCUCAAGGAUAAGGUCGAUAGUCUGAGAGGCGCUGCGGAUGAUACAACAAGGGAAGCCAGAUUGGCCAAAUUGGACACCAAGGUCAAAGCGGUCAGUUGUGGUCUACUGCUUGGCGCUGCAGCCGCAUGCGGUUUGCUGAUCUCGUAAACCCUCUCGAACAGCUGCAAGAGGCGGUGCUUAACUCCCAAGACACAUCCCAAGCAUUUAAUGAAGAGGUCAUUCGCGAAGCAGCCAUUUUCCGCUCCAUCAAGCGAGCCGAGAUGAAAGAGCUGCUGGGCGCCUUCGCUGACGGACAGAUUGCCAUGUGCAAGGCGAGUUGCUGCCUAUCGCAGCAACGAACAGGAUCAUGAAAGCUGACUCUCUCAUUUCGCUGCUUUUGGAAUAGGCCACCGCUUCGGCUUGGGACAAGACGAUCCCUCAGAUGUGAUACAUGUUGGCUGUAAUCCGUUGGCCCUUCCUGAGAGUCGGGGAACACCUCUACACAUUGUGCUGUGCUGCUUAACGACUCGUCAAGAUGCCUGUAAGACAUAUCUCAUUUAG